AUGGGCAGCUCCUCGCAAAAGCCCCUCUAUUCGACAGGAUCCUUCACAGGCUACCAUCCUGCCUCUCCAUUCCAGAUUGGAUCCGGAUACCUCUCCGCAGAAAGCUCUCGUAGGCAGCCUUUAUGCGCGAACAAAGAGGGAUGGGGCCCACUGGCCCCCCAUCGAUAUGAUUUUACGCCAUGCUUUAUGGACGUCUGGGUAGCAAGUGUAGCUGCAUUUGGUAUACUUGGCGGCGCGAUUGCGGUCUGGUGGUUGACCAGGAGGAAGCAUAAGUUUGUGAUAGCGAAGGAUUGGCACUUCUGGACCAAACAGGCACUUAUUAUCGCGAUUGCUAUAUCUGUAGUUAUCCAGCUCGUCGUCCAGAUCCUCACUUACCGCGAUGUAUGGGCCGGUGACUUUCGAGUGUGGAGUAGCUUCCUUACGAUUGUAUCCUUGGGUGUGAUCUUUACUAUCCAAUGGCUUGAGCAUAGUAGGCUGCGGAAUCCUAAUGGAGUAGUGCUCUUUUACUGGCUCUUGCUCCUCACCGCAUACAGCGUCAAGCUCCGAAGUCUCAUCUCGCAACAAAUAUACCACAAAAGUCUGACAUACUUCAUUGCAUACUGCGUUGGAUUUGGACUGUCAUGGAUGGAGUUUGGUUUGGAAUGGCUAGUGUCAAAGAAGACGAGUACUUACCAUGCUCUUGAGGAUGAUGAUGAAUGCCCUGUUGAAUAUGCAACCGUCUUCUCUAUCCUCACAUUCAGCUGGAUGACACCUAUGAUGAAGCGAGGGUAUAAGAAGUUUUUGACUGAGGAUGAUCUCUGGAAUCUGGCAAAGAGAGACACAACCAAGGCGACAGGAGGGGCUUUCCAGAAAGCGUGGGAGUACGAACUGGACCAUAAGAAAAGCCCGUCCCUCUGGAUGGCUAUCUUCCGGGCGUUUUCUGGCCCAUAUUUCCGCGGUUCUCUCUUCAAAAUCGCCUCGGAUACCUUAGCUUUCAUCCAGCCUCAGUUGCUCAGGCUUCUCAUCAGCUGGGUGGACUCCUACCGCUCUGAAAACCCCCAGCCCGUCAUUAGAGGUGCUGCUAUUGCACUAGGUAUGUUUGCUGUCUCUGUAGGCCAGACUACAGCACUGCAUCAAUACUUCCAGCGGGCCUUUGAGACUGGCAUGCGUAUCAAGACGUCUCUCACUUCAGCAAUCUAUUCCAAAUCUCUCAAACUGUCCAAUGAAGGCAGGGCUGCUAAGUCGACAGGCGAUAUUGUUAAUUACAUGGCGGUGGAUACACAGCGUCUCCAGGACCUGACCCAGUAUGGCCAACAGUUGUGGUCCGCGCCCUACCAGAUUACCCUUUGCAUGAUCAGCUUGUAUCAACUUGUCGGAUUGUCCAUGCUGGCGGGAGUGGGCGCGAUGAUCUUCAUGAUUCCUAUUAAUGGGAUCAUUGCACGAAUGAUGAAGAGGUUACAGAAAGAGCAAAUGAAGAAUAAGGAUUCUCGAACAAGACUUAUUGCCGAGAUCAUCAACAACAUGAAGAGCAUCAAAUUGUACGCUUGGGGUAGUGCAUUUAUGCAGAAGCUCAACUACAUUCGAAAUGAUCGGGAGUUGAAGACACUCCGAAAGAUUGGCGCUGGUCAAGCUGUUGCUAACUUCACCUGGUCCACUACCCCUUUCUUGGUAUCAUGCUCAACCUUUACCGUGUUUGUUCUGACGAAGGAUACGCCGUUGACUACGGAGAUUGUUUUCCCUGCCCUGACCCUGUUCAAUUUGCUCACGUUCCCCUUGGCAAUAUUGCCUAUGGUUAUCACCUCCAUCAUCGAAGCUUCGGUUGCGGUGGGGCGUAUGACCGCAUUCCUUGCCGCGGAGGAACUCCAACCUGAUGCAGUUAUUCUGAAGGGCCCCGUGGAUGAGGAUGGCGAGGAGUCUCUGUCUGUCCGGGAUGGCACCUUUUCUUGGGACCGUCACGCUGGACGAAACGCGCUAGAAGAUAUCAAUUUCACCGCCGCAAAAGGCGAGCUCUCAUGUAUCGUUGGGCGGGUUGGCGCCGGCAAGUCCUCAUUCCUUCAAGCUAUGCUUGGAGACCUAUGGAAGGUGAAGGGGCAAGUUGUGGUUCACGGAUCAACUGCAUACGUUGCCCAGCAGUCUUGGGUUAUGAAUGCUAGCGUCAAAGAGAAUAUCUUGUUUGGUCACAAGUACGAUCCCAUCUUUUAUGACAAAACUGUUAAGGCUUGUGCUUUACUAGAAGACUUCGCUCAAUUACCUGAUGGAGAUGAGACUGAAGUUGGGGAGCGUGGCAUUUCGCUGAGCGGCGGUCAGAAGGCACGAUUAACAUUGGCAAGAGCUGUCUAUGCAAGGGCCGACAUCUACCUGCUUGACGAUUGCUUAUCAGCAGUUGACCAACACGUUGGAAGACAUCUGAUCGAGAAUGUCCUAGGACCAAAUGGGUUACUAAGCGGCAAAACUAGAAUCUUGGCCACCAAUUCUAUCCCUGUUUUGAUGGAGGCGAACUUCAUAUGUUUGCUUCGAGAUGGGAAGGUCAUUGAACGUGGCACGUACGACCAACUCAUGGCGAUGAAAGGUGAAAUAUCAACCCUCAUGAAGACGGUCGGAAGUCAGGACAACUCUGGCGAAUCAGAGGGAGUCGCGAGCGACUCAUCCACGAUGAUCGAUAUAGAAAGUGCAAUUGAUGAUCAUGAAAAGGAAGAAGAACGGGAAGAAGCUCAAGAACACCUAACCCAACUACAACCCAUCCAACCCUCAUCUGAUGCUAGGAAGCGGAAGGCGCGCACUGACAGCCUGAGACGCGCGAGUGCUGCAAGCUUCAAGGGACCUCGAGGCAAGCUUCGCGAUGAAGAGAAUGGGAACGUGAAAUCGAAACAGAAUAAGGAGUUCUCCGAGCAAGGAAAGGUCAAAUGGGAUGUAUACUCUGAAUAUGCUAAAACUAGCAACCUCCUUGCUGUUGCCAUAUACGCGUUGAUGUUACUCGGCGGCCAAACAGCGCAAGUUGGGUCGAAUUUCUGGUUGAAGGAAUGGGCUGAGAUCAACGGCAAGGAAGGUCGAAACCCUAACGUUGGCAAAUACAUCGGGGUCUUCUUUGCUUUCGGCAUCGGUGGCGCACUUCUUGUUUUUAUCCAGACCUUGAUCCUGUGGAUAUUCUGUUCUAUUGAGGCAUCUAGAAAGCUCCAUGAAAGAAUGGCUUUGGCCAUCUUCAGGUCGCCUAUGAGCUUCUUUGAAACUACCCCAGCCGGCCGCAUCCUAAACAGAUUCUCAAGCGAUAUUUACCGUGUCGACGAGGUGCUUGCAAGGACAUUCAACAUGCUAUUCGUUAAUAGCGCCCGCGCAAUUUUCACGUUGGUUGUGAUUUCGGCGUCAACCCCAGCCUUCGUCGCCUUAAUUAUCCCAUUAUCUGGUGUCUAUUACUGGGUUCAACGCUACUAUUUGCGAACGUCUCGAGAGCUGAAGCGACUAGACUCUGUUAGUCGAAGCCCAAUUUAUGCCCAUUUCCAAGAGUCCCUUGGCGGCAUUACCACCAUCCGGGCAUACCGUCAACAGGCUCGUUUUGCCAUGGAGAAUGAAUGGAAGGCAAGUCUUCUGCGUUCCGUUUCGGCGCUACUUGGGUUUGGAAGUAUUUCUGACUCCUGUAAUAGAUGGCUGGCUGUGCGUCUCGAGUUCCUAGGCUCGAUCAUUAUUCUCAGUGCCGCAGGAUUUGCCAUUGUAUCUGUCUCCUCGGGCAGCAAACUUUCUGCUAGUAUGGUUGGACUGGCGAUGUCAUACGCUCUUCAAAUCACCCAGUCUUUGAAUUGGAUUGUUAGGCAGACCGUAGAAGUCGAGACCAACAUUGUAUCCGUGGAACGUGUUCUGGAAUAUGCACGGCUGCCUAGCGAAGCACCCGAGGUUAUUCCUCGGCACCGCCCCGCAGUCAGCUGGCCAGCUGCCGGCUCCGUCCAGUUCAAUAACUAUAGCACCCGAUACCGAGAAGGAUUACCCCUGGUGCUCAAUAACAUCGAUCUCGAUAUCAAACCUCACGAGAAGAUAGGUGUGGUUGGGCGAACUGGAGCUGGGAAAUCCUCACUAACACUUGCCCUAUUCCGCAUCAUUGAGGCAGCUGAAGGUAACAUAAGCAUCGACUCGUUAAAUACAUCAACCAUAGGGCUACUAGAUUUGAGGCGAAGAUUAGCAAUUAUUCCACAAGAUGCGGCUCUGUUUGAAGGCACGGUUAGAGAUAAUCUUGAUCCUGGCCAUGUUCAUGAUGACACUGAGUUAUGGAGCGUACUUGAACAUGCUAGGUUGAAGGACCACGUUGCGAGCAUGAAUGGCGGUCUCGAAGCCAAAAUCCAUGAAGGUGGCUCUAAUCUCUCCCAAGGCCAACGUCAGCUCGUCUCCCUAGCAAGGGCGCUCCUAACACCCUCAAACAUCCUUGUCCUUGACGAAGCCACGGCCGCAGUGGACGUAGAAACCGAUGCUCUCCUCCAAACAACGCUUCGCUCCCCCCUAUUCUCCAACCGCACCAUCAUCACCAUCGCUCAUCGCAUCAAUACCAUUAUGGACUCGGAUCGCAUUGUAGUCCUGGAGCAGGGCAAGGUGAUGGAAUUUGAUACGCCGAAGAAUCUGCUCGAGAUGAAGGAGAAGAGUUUGUUUUGGAAGCUGGCUAAGGAGGCCGGGCUGGACGGUUCUAGAUAG